AUGUCGCCAAAUAUAAGGCUCGAAGAGUUCCAACAUUUACUGAAUGAACUGAAAAAUAGUAUAGCUACACGGAAAAAUAAGUGCCUGAUUUACGGGGACUUCAACGCGAAAUCAAUGAUGUGGAACUCAACAUCAAAUGAUUCUAGAGGAGAUAUUCUUUCUGAAUGGGCCUCAGAACUAAACUUAAUUUCACUGAACACCGGAUGUGAACCUACCUUCCGUAGAGGCCAAAGCUGUUCCAUUAUCGAUAUAACAUUCGCGGCAACCAAUAUAGCGCCUUUAGUAACGAACUGGAGAGUGUCUGAAGAGGAAAAUCUUACAGACCACAAUUACAUUUAUUUUGAUAUAGCUAUUAAGAAAGAUAGUGUAAGAACGAAGAUGAAGAGCCGCGGCUGGAGGGUGGAUACGACACAAAUGGAUUACUUCAUAAAUGAACUGCGAAGCAAAUUACCACCAAGAGAACAAACCUUAAAGCCAGAGAGAUUAAUUGAGAACAUCAGCCAUGCAUGUGAUAAUACAUUCCAACGAAAGGGUAUCCCAAGUGACAGGAAAAAACCAGCUUACUGGUGGUCAGCGGAAAUCGCGAAACUUGGUAAAAAUGCCUUACACGGAAGAGAAAUAUGA